AUGAGCUCCUCUGACCUCCACUGCGAUCCGCGUAUCGCGCCGGCGGUGGACCAACUCGCCGUCGUGGCCGCCCGCGUGCACGACGUGUGGGCCCGGAUGGGCGUCUCCGCGAUGGACCGCCAGCGCCGGUGGGACGCCUUUCUCCAUGCCUCGCUGCUGCCGUUCGUGGGCGACUUCUGCGCCUUGCAGGAAUCCGCCGAGUUCAACGCGGCGACUGAAAACGAUGUCCUGCUGCGCGAAGUCUGCUACCUCGCGACACGGCUCGAGGAGGCGCCGCGCCACGCCGACGUGGCGGUGAUCGUGACGCUGCUGAAGCAGCACUACACACGCACGCCGAUGUCGUCUCCGCUGCGGCGGCGGCUGCAGCGCGAUCCGGCAGUUUCCUUUUUACGGGAGCCUCAACGAGAAUCAGCGGACAGUGACGAGAGCAGCGGCAGCGGCAAUGUGGCGGCGCCAGCAGCAGCGCGGCGGAGCACAAAGGAGCUGGUGUUCCCCUCGCUCCCUUCCUUUGCAGAACUGCUGAAGCAGCAGUCCACAGAACACAAAGCGGAAGUCACGAGUGAGAAGGAGACGCAGACGGCGACGUCCACCGACAAGAUGCAGUGGAUUGCAAGCGACGACGAUCGCGCAGAAGAGGACGCGGCGGAGGAGGAGGAGCAACAGAAGAGCACUGUGGCAGCGCCAGACCCCCAUACAGCCUGUGGUGCAAAGAACGAAGAAGCAGCGGAAGAGGAAAGCAUUGUGGCGGCGUUGGAGAAUGAGGGAAUCACCAGCCCCUUGCACUUCUCGACCACCGCAGACGCCAUGCGGGCCCUGCAGCGCAUGAUGCAGGCGAACACACACGAAGGCGUUCGGCAGCAACUGCAGACGGAGCUGGACCGCCUGAAAUCGCUGGCGGACAACCGACUUCGUGUUCUUCAGCUGCUGUGCAAGCAACGGGCUAUUCUGACCCGUAGCCCAGCGGAGCAAGUGGCGCUGCGCACCGCCUACCGCGUAAAGUACCUCGGCACGGAAGAGCAGAUCAGCAACACGAGCGAGUUGGAGGCGCGAUCUUUGGCAGAUGUAGGCGGUCCUGCUGACACAUCCAAUCGGACGGGUGAGACAAGCGCACUGGCGAAGGCGGUGCCGGUGAUGCUGUCAACCUCGGCCGACCUUGUAGCGGCAACGACGGCCGUGACGGAGCCGUCCAUCAGCCCGCCGGCGUCUUCGUCAAACUUUGCUUCCCUGCCGCCGUCUCCGAAGUCUUCCGGACACAGCACGGCCACCACCACGUUGGCGCCUUCCAGAAUUACCGCUGAAACACGAGAUGCACCGCAGCUGCUGCACGAAUGCGGCGCCACGGCAGCCGCGCCCGGGACGGCGACGCUGCGGGCCACCACCCAGGCAGAGCUUCUGCUUCUCCUCUCCGCCGACUCCUGCACCCUCGACCCUCCUGCUGUUUGGACCAGCGUCGAGCAGCAGCAGCGGGGCUCUCACAGAUCCGAGGAAGACUCUGCGAUCGACGGCAGUAACACAACCUGGCCAACGUGCAGCUCCACCACGGUCACCGUCGCCGUCUCGCAGCGUCGGACCUCGCACGCGACAACUGCCCUGCCGGACUCCACACAUCCACCACCGCCACCACCACCAUCGUCGUCGUUAGCCGGGCGUUCUACAGUCUUUCAAAUGGAUGUCUCCUCCAUUACGGCGUACGGCACGCAUCAAGACCUCUCCUUAAAGCGUGUUCAGCAAGAGGCGGAGUCGAUUUUGGGCUCGAUUGCGGAGCACAACCGCCGUAUGCAAGCGGAGACAAACGAGGAGCUGCAGGCACUGGAGACGCUGGAGGUUCUCUGGCGCGCCAUGGCAGCACCCAAGGCGAGUCCGAACGUGUCCUCUCAGGGCGGUCACGCAGAAAGAGGGGGCGGCGGGGAAGACGGGCGGAACGGUGAUGCCCAAGCGACGCACCCAGGCGUCACGCCGAAGCCGAAAAUGUCGCGGAUGCCUGUUGCCGUGGCCGACACACUCCUGGUGUCUUUGCAGCCCGCCCCCUUUGCGGAGUUGCGGGAGCAAGUCCUGGCUCGUUACGCGCGGCUACAAGAAGCCUUCGCGGCGGAUGUGGCGGCCCAGCAGGCGACUUCUCCCUUCGGCAACAUCUUUGCCUCCGUGGAUGCUGCCAGCAAUGCAACCGCUCCCUCCUUAGUAGACGGCUCCCCGCCCUCCUCGCUGAGUAGCAGCGCGCGCCCCACCGGUGCCUCGUCGUUGUCCUCCACUUCCCCCUCCUCCUCGAAGGCGCCAUCCACCCGCACCACACACGGCGUCGACUCCCUCCGCAAAGAUGCUCGAGUCAGCGGGUGUCUGUACCUCCCGCCCAUCGUCCGGCAGGUGCUGCGCGCGCCGUCCUUUGCCCCCGUGCUUGACUACGUCCACCGCACACGCGUGGCCUUCCAGAAGCACCUCAGCACGCAGCAGGAUGCUCUGGUGGAAGAAAUCAUGGCACGGCUGCGCACCGUCUACGCGGAUUACUACGCCGUGACACGGGAUAGUGCCUACGCGGUCGCCCCAGAUGGCGAGCUGCGGGUGGCGAUGGAGGAGGAACUGCUCGAGACGCUGCAAGCGAGUGAGCUGAAGCCUUGCCCCACUAGCAGCGACCUCGGCAGUGAGACGGCGAGCAUCUAUGAAGAGCAUCAGCUUGGUGGUGGUGGUGGUGCGGUUGUGGGUGCUGGAAAGAUUCUCCUCGGCUUCCAGCGGCACCUCGCGGCGUGUCAGCAGGUGCGGGAGCAGGCAGGAGAGGAGCUGGAGCUGCUGCGGCUGCGGCUGCACAUCAUCGACCAAGCAGAGCCCCUCGUCCUCGACUACCAAACCGUUCUCCGGGAGGAGGCGGAGAUGCAGGCCGGCAGUCGUGAGCGCCUCCUGAGCAAGAAGGUGAACAUGGCGAAGCAGCUGCUCCAGGAGGAGAAGCAUCGUCGCCGCGUGGCGAAGGAUCUGCCGCGCAUCGUGGCGCACCUGUCUGAGUUGGUCGCCGCGUGGAGUGCACUGCAGGUGGCGGACGUGCACAACGAAGAUGAUCUUCGUCAUAGAAGCAACAGCAGCAGCAACAACAAUAACGCAGAAAGUACGUCGUCUGCCUGUGGGGAGUUGUGCAUCCACGGCCAGCGUGUACGCGACCUCGUGGCUGGCGCCUCGCUGCGCACCGGCACGGCAGCAGCAGCGACGCCGUCAUCGUUGAUGUUGUCGUCGUCCGCCGUCGCGUCCCGCACACGUCCUCGCAGUGUUUCCAUGCACGCAGCCCCGACCUCUCGCUCUGUCUCUCCCGCCCCGCCGGCCGUCGCACGCACACGCACGGAGUCCUCUUGCUCGUCCUUUGCACGCCCGCACAGCACUAGUGCUGGACAACGGAAUGCCUCCCCGGCUCAUGGACGGCAUCCGCCGACUCCGCAUCGUCGAGCCACACCGUCGCCGCAGCCCUCCGCUUCUCGCGAAGGUCGACUUCUAGAAAGGGCGCCGGGUGGCACGAGUCGAAGCCCAUCCUUUGCCUCCAGCACCGCAGCAGCAGCGGCGAAGCGCACCCCGGCGCUGACUCGCUCCCGCACUCCACCACCGCCAUCCCUCAUCCCCCCUAUCUCUGCUGUUCACGCGUCCUCGCAGCCCUCCGGCACGCAUCACCGCUGUUCUCCCACGCCGCCUCUCGUGCCGUCCAUGGGUGUCGGGUCGCGUGUGCGAUCGCUCUCGCCGUCGCUGCGGCAAGGUCUGUCCGCGCGAACGGUGAACACGCCUGUGGUGCGCCACACGAGUAAGUCGCGCAGCCCGGCGCCGGUGUCGGGGACGCCUGCGGGGCAUCGAGCCAUCUUCUCUUCCAACUUCACAGCUCGCCAUUGA